AUGCUCCAGCGCUGGGGGGGCUCCGGGAGGCUCCCGGGAAAGUUUUGGGAGCGCGGGGAAAGCGCCGGGAAGCGGCUCCGGCUGGAUCCGGACCCUGAGGAUCGCCGGGAAGAGGCGGAUGCGGGAAAAGGGGCCAUGAGAGGACGUGACCCCGCGGGGGGCGAGCGGGAGGAGAUGCCGAUGGUGGAUUCCACCUCCAGCCUGGGAUCCAGUGGAAGGGCCCGGAGCAGCUGCCGGAGGAGGUUUUCCCUGUCCCCGUGCCCGUCCCCGUCCCUGCGGAGCGCCCUGCGCGGCCUCUACGCCCUGGCCCUGCUCCUGUCCCUGGCCGUGGCCGUGCUGGGAGCGCUGGCGUUCCGGAAGGUGGAUUCCAUCUCCAGCCGGAUCAGCUCGGCCCAGACCUUCUACGAGGAGAAGCUUCUCUCCCUCCAGGAGGAUCUCCAGGGCUUGGGCGAGAAGACCUCCGGGAACGGCUCCCUGUGCCAGGAUCGGGACCAGCUGGGCCGGGACAUCUCCCAGCUGCGGGCCGAGCUGGAGCAGCUCCAGCAGACGCUCCAGGGGCAGGAGGCUCAGCUGGACCGAACUUCCCAGCGCCAUUCCCGGCUCUCCUCGGCGGGCGCGGGGCUCGGGGCGCGGCUGGAGAGCUGCGCGGGCUCGGUGCGGGACCUGGGCCGGGGCGCGGAGCUGCUGCUGGCCCGGGCCGGGCGCUGCCGGGACGAGACAUCCCGGCUGGACGCGGAGCUCCGGGGGCUGUCCCGGGACGGUUCCCGGUUGGAAGCGGCGCUGGAGAGGCUGAAUUCCAGCGCGGAGCGGGGCCGGGAGAGGCUGCGGGAGGUGCGGGGCGGAGCGGCGGAGGCGGCGCGGGCGCUGCGGGAUCUCGGGGAGGAGCGGCUGGAGCGGCGGCGGGAGCUGGGGAUGCUGCGGGAGGGAUGGGAGCGAGCCCGGGGGAUGCUCGGGAGCGCGCAGGGGGAGGCGGGGGCGGCGGCGCGCGGGGAGGGCCGCAAUUCCCAAGGGAUGCACGAGCUGGCGCUGCGCGUGGUGGAGCUGCAGGCGCUGCUGGACAACGUGAGCGCAGCGCUGGAGGAGCAGCAGGACAACCUGGGAGACGCCAGGUACCACCGCGGCCACGCCCAGAACCGCACGGCCGAUGGGUUCCGGGCUCUGGAAUCGCUCCUGGAAUCCCACGGGGAGGAGAUCGGGACCAUCUCUGCCAACCUGGAGGCCACGGGCGGGCACGUGCUGGCCAUGCUGCGCUACCUGGGCUCCGUGCGGGAAUCCUGCGCCCGACGCCUCCGCGCCCACGCCCGGGAGAUCCUGCGGCUCAACGGCUCCCUGGGAGAGCUCCAGGGAUCCGCCGGGAUCCUGCGGGAGAGCUUCGGGAUCCUCGGCGCCCGCCUGGACGUCGGAGUCCGGAACCUGUCCCUGCUGCUCCAGGAGAUGAGGGCGGUGGACGCGCGGCACGGGGAUGUGCUGAGGAAUGUCACCCUGCUCCGGGAAUUCCCGUUGCUCCGGGAUGUUGCCUGCAUGGCACCAGUUUAA